AUUUGGUUUCCCCUACCAUUGUUUGAUCGAUAUGUGUAUUGUCACACAUGCGAAUUUGACAUUAUAAGCUAGUGGCCAAUAUAUUUUAAUUUUAAAAUGGUCAGAAUUACAGAAGAAUUAGUUAGGAAGAAAUCAGAACAUAAUGAAGGAAUAAUAAACUCGUUGGAGGAGCUGUCUUUACACCAAGAGCAUGUCGAAAAAAUCGAACACCUAAAUAACUGGUGCCGAAAUCUAGAAAUUUUACUGCUGCAGUCGAAUUUAAUCUCCAAGAUAGAAAAUUUAAACAAACUUAAAAACCUCCGUUACCUUAAUCUUGCGAUCAACAACAUAGAACGAGUGGAAAAUCUCGAAAGAUGCGAAUCAUUGGAAAAAUUAGACCUGACGCUCAACUUUAUUGGAGAUAUUGAAAGUGUAACCAGUCUAAUUGCGAACACUCACCUUAAAUACCUAUGCUUAACGGGGAAUCCGUGCUCCGAUUAUUCCGGCUAUCGAAAUUACGUCAUCGCAAAGUUGCCGCAAAUCGAAACGUUGGAUAACGCAGAAAUUACGCGAAGCGAGCGAAUUAAAGCUGCGCAAAUGUUGCGCCAUGUGGAGGGCAAAGUUUUGAAAAGCCAAGCGGAUUACUACGUCUUCAGAAAUGAGCAGAGAGAAAGGCUGUCCCGACCUCAGGACGAGGUGGACGAUGAUACCUUUUGGAAGACAAAGUCCGAAAACGCUCCGGAAACGCGAGUGGAGCUAGCGAACAGGCAGAGAAAGCGCGAUUGUACGGAUCAGCCCGUUAAGGAGGUCAAAGCUGUUCGGCUAUUCACUAAGGAAGGUCGUCCCCUGAACAUUAACCAAACCAAACUUCCCUUCAAAUUUGAAGAUGACCCGCGGGAAUUCAGAUUGGACGUCGCCAUAUACAGGUAUUUGGAUUCCAACUUUAUUAACGUCGAUUUGGAGCCGACAUAUGUGAGAGUAUCCAUAAAGGGAAAGAUAUUCCAAUACGUGCUUCCGGAGGAAAUUAAGAUCGAGGCGAGUAAAGUGCAAAGAUCGCAGGUCACUGGACAUUUGCUUAUUACAAUGCCAAAGCUAAACUACAAAGAGAGUUUUUUCAAAAACAGGGAAGAUAUCAAAUCGACUGCCACUCAUAAAUCGGUAAAGGACGAAAAAAGACACUGUUAUCUGGAGGUGGAACCAAUACAAAAUUGUUUGCUGUUGCAGAUCGAGACUUGUGAAGAUGUACCACCAUUGGAAUAUUUUUAGUAUAGUGAAC